UCCAAUGGUAUAUUAGUUCAUAAUUGUUUGGCCAAAUAAGGUAAAGGAUAUGCUGAUGUUGACACAAAAUGUGCAGUGGUUUGGACAAAAAACACACAACUCCAAUCUUACAUUUCGUGCUCACUCAGUACAUCUGUUACAUUGGACAUAUUUACACACCAAUGUAAUAUAUUUGGAUGCAUCUCUUCUUUUCAACUCUCAAAGACCGUGGUGGAGAAUCCAACAAUGCAGACCAUGGAUAUUGAUAAAGACACAUAUGCCAACAAGCCCAGAAAAAAGGAUUACAUUGGUGUUACAUUUUCAGCUAAUUUUCAGUGGUGGAAGAGACCAUCCGGAGUUGCUGCAGUGUGUCUGGGGCUGCUGUGUGUUCUCCUACUGGCUGGGAUCAUAGGCCUGUCUGUCUACUAUAACCGAAUCAUUGGUCAUUACUACUCUGCAGAGAGAUUCCAGACGUCCAGUUUGAACAACCUGACUAAAGAGAGAGACCAGCUAAAGACCAGUUAUAACACCCUGACUAAAGAGCGAGACAAGCUACAGACCAGAUACAACACCCUGACUAAAGAGAGAGACCAGCUACAGACCAGAUACAACACCCUGACUAAAGAGAGCGACCAGUUACAGAACCGUUACAACAACCUUACUAAAGAGAGAGACCAGCUACAGACCAGAUACAACACCCUGACUAAAGGAAGAGACCAGCUACAGACCAGAUACAACAACCUGACUAAAGAGAGAGACCCGCUACAGAACAGUUACAACACCCUGACUAAAGAGAGAGACCAGCUACAGACCAGUUACAACAACCAGACUAAAGAGAGAGACCAGCUACAGACCAGAUACAACACCCUGACUAAAGAGAAAGACCAGUUAAGGACAAGUUCUAACACCCUGACUAAAGAGAGAGACCAGUUACAGACCAGUAGUAACACCCUGACUAAAGAGAGAGACCAGUUACAGACCAGUUACCACACCCUGACUAAAGAGAAAGACCAGCUACAGACCAGUUAUAACACCCUAACUAAAGAGAGAGACCAGUUACAGACCAGUUACCACACCCUGACUAAAGAGAAAGACCAGCUACAGACUAGUUACAACACCCUGACUAAAGAGAGAGACCACUUGAAGGAAGAGCUAAACAAACAGAGCAGUGGAUGGCAGAAGUUUGAGUCCAGUUGGUACUACCUCUCUACUGAGAAGAAAUCCUGGACAGAGAGCAGGCAGGACUGUCUGAAGCGAGGAGCACACCUGGUGAUCAUUAACAGCAAAAAGGAACAGGAAUUUAUCCAUAAAUGGAGUGGAUGCCUGGACAUCUAUCUUGGUUUCCAUGACACCAAUACAGAGGGGGUUUGGGAGUGGAUUAACGAUGGCGCAUUAGGCCAAUCAUCAGCACCUGGCACUACGUAUUGGAGGGAUGGGGAACCAAAUGAUGAACAUCAGAUUGAAGACUGCGCUCAUAUCUCAAAGAAGGUAUCAGACCCACUAAAGAGUUGGAACGACGUACCAUGCACAACGACCCUCCACUGGAUGUGUGAGAAGACACCGUCCACAUUCCAGUCUCUACAGAUCUACUGUCUUAAACCUGAGGAGCAGAGCACCAUGGUUGUGUCCAAGGCCUGGACGUUACACCAGCACUUCCAGGGUUUCCCCAAGGCUAGUGACUUCCAUCUGAGGGAGGAGACGCUGCCGCAGCCCAAGAAUGGACAGGUCCUGUUGGAGGCUGUGUUCCUCAGUGUGGACCCUUACAUGAGACCCUACAGCCAGACGAUGAUGAAGGAGGGAGACGUGAUGAUUGGAUCACAAGUUGCCAAGUAAGGGUACAUUAUGGGGGAGGGAGGCGAGCAUGUGGAUGCAAACACAUUAUAGACUGACUGACACUCAUGUUGACACACUAUAGACUGACACUCAUGUUGACACACUAUAGACUGACUGACACUCAUGUUGACACACUAUAGACUG